AUGGACGACGACAAUGGCGACCAAAACUCGUCGCGGGCCCCCAGCCCCGGCGCCUUCAAGUCCUCGCGCAACUACGACAGCGACGACGUCGGCGAGCUGAGCUUUGCAGGCGACAACAUGGCCCGAUCAUCGUCGUCCAAGUCCAAGUCCGGCCGCCGCUCCCAGGGCGCCGCCGCGGCCACGGGCGCCGGCGGUGCUGGCUCGUCCUCAGCCAGCACCGUUGGCAAGAUCAGGCACCUCAAGAAGGAGGAUGGCGAGCCGCUCUGGCGCAAGGACAUCCAGUACGACUUCCUGCGCGCCGUCUUCGACAACACCCGCGCCGUCUUCACCAACAGCUACGACCUCCACCAGGACGAGAAGCAGACCUUUGCCGACCUGUACAUCGACACCAUGGCCAGGAGCAGCAAGACCAGCAAGGUCCUCCGCGACAAAUUGCUUAGUGAUCGAGAGGCCGCGAAGAGCAUGGCCAUGGUGUGUCUGCUGGUCAACGUCGGCCGCAUGAACACCACCCUCAACUUCUUCCCUGAGAUGCGCGCUCAGCUACGUACCUACCACGCCAUCCCUUCUCUCCAAGCCUACCAAGAUGCCACGGCCUACAAGCAGCUGCAGGACGCCCCCAGACUCAAAUCCAUCCUGAAGGGCGCCGCCGAGGAUCGCGAGGAGCCGCACUCUCUCAACGACUUCAAGGCCCUGGACGUCCCCAGAACCAACCCCGUGAACCUCAUCUUUCUCAUCUGCCAGCAGGCGGCACAGAUUGCCGAGCUGCACUUCGCCAAGGGCGGCGAGUUUCACGACCUCAUCAUGCGAACCGAGUAUACGAGCGCCUCUCGUGCCAACGCCUUCCUCUGGCUGAUGUGGCAGUAUCUUGAAUCUGACUUCACGGAAGAGGGAUGCGAAGAGAACCCUUUUGGCGCGGGUGUCGACUAUGGCAGAGAUCUUGCCAACCAGGGUGUCCCACGCAUGACACCCCUCUCCCCCGAGGAGGAGGCUGCGGAGAAUAUUGAUCCCCAAGAGGAGAUCGACUUUGGUCGGGAGAAGCAGGGCCAUCGCGCCAAAAUCAUAGCUGCCGAUGCUGCAUAUCUACAGGAUCACCAAACAAAGUCCCGAACCCAAAGGAGCAAGGCCGUCGAGGACGGUCCCGCCGCCGCUAUUCUACCUCGCAUCAGACCCUCUAAGCAUGAGUCGGACGUUGAUAGCACCAGAUCUACUCCGCCGCCGAGGGCCAUUGGCCGUCUGAACGCCAGCGGCACCGGUGCCGGACGUCGGGGCGCCUCCCUCAAGUACCAGCUCUUUGACGCCUCAUCACCUGCCGGUCCAGCUAAUGCCAGCUUCGACGGCGUCAUGCCUCGAAAGCCCCGACCUCCCACGGCACACCAACUCGCCGUUGAGCGCAACAGAAACCAGCGUGUCGAGUACAUCCUCACCCGCGAUCUGCGGAAGGAGCACCACAAGGCCCGCAAAUUACGGCGGCAGGAGGGUGCCCUGGUCAGAGCCAAGCGUCGUCUUGAGGCUAUGCCCGACCCUCUAGCGGACAGCGAUGACGAGGACUACAGAUACCCGGCAGAGAAGAACCCGGCCGCUUUCCGUAGCAGGGGUGUAGGCGGGCUCGCCCCUCUCACCGUCGAGGUCGAUGAUUUCGGCGAGGAGCUGGCCUCAUACUCAGCUUCUCUGCGACGCGCAAACCGUCGCCUUGUUCGUUGGGAGGCUCACGGCGGCGACCUGGGUGUUAUUCGACCGGGCAGAAAGAACCGACGAUCUGCCCCUGCCAACGGUUCUCCGGGCCUCACAAAUGGCGCCUCGCACAGCUUUGACAGCAACAUGACCGGCACCAACGGCAACGCCAACGGCGAUGUCACCAUGGAGGACGCCGACGACCUAGACGACAUGGAGAAGGAGCUCCUCGGCCUCGGUGGCGACGAGGACGAAGACAAGGACGAGGAUGAGGAGCUCGACGAUGUCGACAAGACCCUGCUGGGCAUGGACGAGUCCGGCGUGGACGAGUCCGGCGGCGAGGACUAG